GUUGGCUUUGGAAGUGAGCUUUUUUGCUAAACAGUGUUAGGUUUGGGCAUUGCAUUUCCCCCGCUAUAAUUAUAAGAAAUAGUGUCCAACUCUUAAAUACUUAUAUGCGUUUGUGAGAAAAUUAGCCCCAACCGUUGAGUUGUUCUGUCGGCUGAUGUUUCCGCUGAGGAUUACAUGUUCUAAGCUAGCUCAUGUUUUUCCAGUGAAAGUUGAAGGUUGGAGGCACUAGAUCAACUUUUGAGUCUAAUAAUAUAACUUAACGAAACAUGCAAGUCAAGGACUGUCUGGUGUCUGCACCAGGGAAGACUAUCCUCCACGGAGAGCAUGCUGUCGUUCACGGAAAGGUUGCUCUUGCUGUGAGUUUGAACCUGAGAACAUAUUUGAAAUUAAAAUCUUCCUCCAAUGACAAAGUCUGCAUCAACCUGCCCAAUAUUGACACAUUCCACUGCUGGGAUCUCUCUGACCUAAAGCAGUUUAUCCCGUAUAUAAAUGGUACGAAGGAUGAGGCCCAGCGGCUGGAUGCUGAACUGGUGAGGAGGCUCCGGGACUUUGUGGGUGUUACAAAUGGAAACUUGAACAAUGGCAACACGGCCUGCUUAACCUUUCUGUACAUCUACCUGUCUGUGUUUGCAUCGGGAGAGCUUCCUGCGUUGACGAUAACUGUGUGGUCAGAGCUACCGACUGGAGCCGGACUGGGGUCCAGUGCAGCCUACUCUGUGUGUUUAGCUGCAGCUCUGCUCUGCGCUGCCGGCACCAUUCCCACUUCCCUCAGAGAGUGGGAUCAAACUGCCAGAUGGUGUCAGGAGGACCUGGAGCACAUUAACAGUUGGGCUUUCCAAGGAGAGACCAUCAUCCACGGAAAUCCUUCAGGGGUGGACAACGCGGUCGGAACAUGGGGUGGCAUGCUGCGCUUCUUAGCCGGGAAGAUCAUACCGCUGAGCAGGGUGCCUUUAUUAAGGAUCCUCCUCACUAACACCAAAGUACCACGCAGCACCAAAGCACUUGUUGCCAGGGUGAAGGACAAAAUUAACAAGUUUCCCUCAAUAAUGAAUCCUGUUCUUGACUCAGUUGAUGCCAUUUCUUACACUUGUGAAAAAGUCCUGACGUGCGAACCGAUCACAGGAGAGCACUACAGUAUUCUAGAGGAGCUGAUUGAUAUCAACCAGCACCAUCUAAAUGUUAUGGGUGUUGGGCAUCCGGCUCUGGACACUGUGUGCCGGGUCACAUUGGCCAAAGGGCUCCACAGCAAGCUAACAGGCGCAGGGGGUGGAGGCUGUGGCAUCACGCUGCUGAGACCAGAAACCGACUCUUCAGUGGUCCAGAACACCAUGCAGGAUCUCAAAGACUGCGGCUUCGACUGCUGGGAAACGAGUAUUGGUGGACCAGGUGUUCAACAGCAUUCCCCUUCCUCUGUGAAGGAGGAAAUUCUGGAAAUUUUAGAGCAGUACUGAGCUCACUAAGGAGAUUUGCUACAGGGAGUAGCAAAACAUUGGUUUACUAAGGGGAGAUUUAAGCUUUAAAUGUUGUCUGACAUGAAGAAAAAGUAUCUUUUCCAUGGCUAAUUUUUUUUAAACUAACAUGAAUCAAAAACUUGCUGCAACAUUUCAAUGCUAUACCUACUGUUAUGAAGCACUUUGUCCACUAGGUGGCAGUAUAGGAGCACAGAUGCUGUUUAACGGUUUACAGGUAGAGAAGGAAGAUUCAGUGUUAAAUUCUUCCUCAAUUUGGAUGUAAACUUUUAAAAGACAAAGGUGAUAUUAAAGUUUUAUCCAUGACAUAAAUCCUUGAAAAUAUUUGUAUGUCAUUCUGAUUUUAACUGAAGUAUAGUUAUUUAGUUUUACACCUUUAAAAAUAAUUAAACUGUAAUAUUUCAGUUAUGUUAA